AUGGCAACGUUUGUCAAAGAGAAGGACGACAAACGUUACCUACUUACCUGCAACGAAGUCCUCUCCAAGUACGCUUGGGCGAUUCCACUGCACACCAAAACCGAUGCUCGUUUGAUCAACGCAUUUUCAAGACGGGACGUCGACCGUUGUCGACGAAGGCAAAGAGUUUCUGAACAGACCGUUCCAGGCAUUUUUAAAGGGAUCAACGCGUCCGUAGCAGAACGGUUUAACCGUACUUUGAAAGGACGCAUGGACAAAUAUUUCGCCGCUCACAACACUCGGCGGAACCUUCACGCCUUACGGGCGCUGGUCCGCGGUUAUAAUCGAGCGGUUCACUGGAGUAUACGGCGGGGCCCCAUCAAAGUCACCACCCAGCACCAGAAAGAAGUGCGUUAA